AUGGAAUUUCAGAACAUCUCCGAAAGAAUUGAGGAAAGCUCAAGAAUAGAAAAGGCGAAUCAAAAGAAGACAUUGACGGCUACCGAAAGGGAUCUUGAGCGACGACGUAAGAACAACGAGGCAUCACGAAAGUCGAGAGCACAAAGGAAGGACCGUUUUUUGAUGGAUGUACGUGAAGUGGAAUUCCUCAAAAUCGAGAAUCAAAGACUCAAGGAUUUUCUGACUGAAUUGGAGUUGGUCAUUAAGGAGGCAAACGACACACUCAUCGCGAAGUUCAAGUAUCAGUUGCCGACGGCUUCUUGA